CUAGAAUUUGAAUAAAGGCAGAAAGCAAAAGACAUUGAUUUCUUUUCGUGACUCUUUUGUGAUCUAAAAGCAAAAGGAAGAAGGGUAAAAGAAAAGAGAGAGAACAAUGGCGUUUACAGGGACACUAGACAAAUGCAAGGCAUGUGACAAGACUGUAUACCUUAUGGAUUUGAUGACGUUGGAAGGAAUGCCUUACCACAAGUCAUGCUUCAGGUGCAGCCAUUGCAAUGGCACUCUCGUGAUUAGCAACUACUCAUCCAUGGAUGGAGUUCUGUAUUGCAAGCCCCAUUUUGAACAGCUCUUCAAAGAAUCUGGAAACUUCAGCAAGAAUUUUCAGACAGGAAAGACCGAAAAAUCGAAUGACGUGACGAGGGCUCCAAGCAAGUUAUCUUCCUUCUUUAGCGGAACUCAAGACAAAUGUGCAGCUUGUAAGAAAACUGUUUAUCCCCUAGAGAAGAUCACAAUGGAAGGAGAAUCCUACCACAAGACUUGCUUUAGAUGUGCAACCGGUGGCUGUCCAUUAACACACUCCUCAUACGCUGCUCUCAAUGGUAUCCUUUACUGUAAGGUUCAUUUCAGUCAGCUUUUCCUUGAGAAAGGUAACUACAAUCAUGUCCUCCAAGCCGCUGCUAAUCACCGACGCACACCUGAGGAAGACAAAAUUGAGCCCAACGAAAAUGAAGCAAACCCUAAAGAAGAAGAAGAAACUUCCGAUGCAGUCCCUGAAGAACAUGAGUCCUAAAAUAACCGG